AUGGCAAAAGAAAGCUCGUGGUCGAUGUCGCGUAUGGCUGGUGUAUGGAAGCGCAAGGUGGUGCAGCAUGAUUUCUACGACGCGGCAGGGCAGGUCGCUGCUGUUGUCUUAAUGAACAGUCCGUCAAACGGCCGAUGGGAAUAUGAGGAGUAUCUACGACUCUUGCGUGUGCGGCGGUUUAAUAAUCAGCAGCCGGAGUCUUCUGUUGGUCGAUGUUACUUCCUUUGCGCAGAUGGUGCCUUUUCUCGGCUGCAGGCAUAUAUUGAAGAAGAGCGAAAACAUCGUCCGGAAUUACGUCCAUUUUCUCAUGUGCCUUUCUGUGACGCUGUCAUUGGCGAUAUGGACUCCUGCAAGAACCCUCCCCACAACUACGGUACCCAUGGGAGUGUUGAUGGCGCUGGGUUCUCAUUGUCGGCGCCCACUGAAGGGUAUGCGACGGUGGACGAUAUUCCUACCUCUGUUUUGGAUCAAAUUCAUGACAGGUACACUUUUACCGUUGCGGAAUUUACCCGAAUGAGUGCAACUAUGGAAGGGGCGUCUUUGGCAGAGUGGGAUAAGCUGGAUGCAAAGGGAAGGGAUGAAUUAUUAUCGCUUCCAUUUUGGCUGUACGUCCGUUGUCAAUCGACAACGGACUUUAUGAAAGCAUUAUUACUCCUAAAUCGACUGCGAGAGAAACAUAAAGAAGAAAUUGUUCCUAUUCCUCCACAUGUCCUACGAACGGAGAGUGGUAAGCGGCUAUUGGAAACUGGAGGCGCGAUUAUCCCAAAUGCUGGGAGCAUUGGCCUUGACCUUGAUCCUGAGCGAGAGCGCGAAUUAUGCGCAGAGGCAUGCAAGGAGGAAGCUGUGUUACUACCCACGUAUGUUUGUAUGGGUGCGCUUGGUGGCCGAUUUGACCACGAAAUGGCCUCAAUCUCGGUUAUGUUAUCCGCCAGCACACGCGCGCAUGUUGUUUUAAUAAACUCCAACAACACCAUAUUUGCCUGUCAGUUCAACGGUUGGACACAGUUGGUACGGAAUGCACGUUGUGAGGGCGUGACAUGUGGUCUUAUUAACUACGGUACCAUGAAGGAAUGCGAGACCAGUGGGCUUCAGUGGAACAUUGCGGUAGGACGGGGAAAACCAAGCGAAUCGAAGGAUUUGGUUUUGGGAUUUGGGAAGCUGAUCUCGGCUUGCAAUUCGAUUCGUCGCGAGGUUGUCACGAUCGACCUGCGCCGUCAACUGCUCUCGACACGGAGCCAAGGGGGGUCCAACACGAAACAAGCGCCGGCAAAUGAGCGUGACGAUGAAGUGGAUGAGGACCACAACCCGCCAACCAUAUUUUCUAUUGAAAGGUGCGAUGGGGAUGAAAACAAAUUUGGCCACUCGUGCUGA